AUGAAGAAGGGAAUUCUCUUGGUAAUUGCCCUUUCUGUCGCGACUUAUGUCGAUGGCAGAGUUUAUUACCUGAAGAAUCUAGAUGAUACGCGAGACAACAACGCGAUUUAUCCGAUCGAAGAACAGCAGGCUUCUCGCGAUCUGGAUCUGUCUUUCUCCGCGGGAGAUUCCCUUGAGAACGAGAAUGUCAUAUCUCCGACUAGAAAGGUAUACACUCUCGUUACACCGGAAAAGCCGUAUGUCGGAUUGAACAGGGACGUGGAUCGACCAGUCGCGUACUACAGAUUAUCCGGCGAACCGGCUGCCAAAAGAGGCAGCUUCGACGACAUCAUUCUCAUUCCGCAAGGAGGGCGGAAAUUGAUGAAGCUGAACGGUAACAAUAAGGGCGAAUUGAUCUUGGAACUUCGCGUCAUAGCCAAUCACGAUAGUGCGCAACUCGCGCGUUAA